AUGUACUCCACAGUACUUCAUAUACUUCAGGAUACUUCAUGGUACGUCAGAACACCACUACGCUCAAGCUCAAUUGACAUUCAUCCAAAUGCAAAAUGGAAGCAAAUUGGUGUUACUGUAGCUGGAGGAAAUGAAGAAGGCAAUGGCAUCAAUCAACUCAAUUGCCCUUGGGGUUUGUAUGUUGAUGAUGAGGAAACAGUUUAUGUUGCUGAAGAAUCGAAUCAUCGCAUAAUGGAAUGGAAAUCGGGUGCGACGAAUGGCAAAGUUAUUGUUGGUGGAAAGGGAAAUGUAGC